AUGAUUAGAAACAUUAUAAUAAACAAGCAGGACAAUGGGAAGUAUGAAGCAGAUGACAUUCCCAGCAAAGUACUCAGAUGGAUAGAUGAGAACAAGAGGCACACUGACGCUGAGAGAUCUGAUAUAAUUGAAGGACAGGUUGUGGUGGUUCUUAAAGGGCAGUACACUUCUCUCAGAGGGGUAAUCGUAAAAAAGCUUCCAAAGAACUUAGUUCUGAUCAGUGGACCAUCUAAGAUUAAUGGAAUGACAUUCGCUGUAGUAAACCAAAGAUUUGUCCAUCCUGUUUCUGUCUUUGUUCCUCUGAAGAGAGACUUUAUUGACUCAAUCGAGGUGAACGAAGAGGGGAUAAGUGCGAUAAGAGACUGGACCACUGAGAAUGCCGUAGAUCUUGAAAUAUUAGACUUAAUAAACGUAGAUGGAAAGCAGAGCAUAAUAGACAUGGCAAUAGAGAAGGAAUGUGCAGGUAUUAAAGGAUUAAAGACGUACUUUGCCACUCCAUUCACUCUCCCAAAGAGCAUUGACCCAAUGAGCGCCUUCUACUAAAAUUACUAAUAAAAUACGUUAUAG